AUGGAAUAUGAUAAUGAAAAAGCGACAUUUUUAAGUGAUAAUAAUUCCACAAAAAAAUAUCGAAAUGGUUUCGAAAGAUGCGUUUCUAACGAAUUGAAACGAUUGAAAUUAAAUUGUGGAAAAACUGUAAUUCUACGUAUAUUCUUCUGUCUGUUCAUACUAUUUAUAAUCUUAUUUCGUGGAUAUAUUUUAUGUUUACUUGGUUUUUUAAAUUGUUAUAUAACUUGGCCAUUUAGUUCACCUCUCCAUGUUAAAAUUGAUUUGUUAAAUCUUUCCAAUGAACCUAAAGGACGUGAAUAUAUUCCCCGUCGAAUGCAUCAUAUUCUACUUGGACCGUUAAGUAAAGCACCACCUCAAAGUUGGGUAGCUGCACGAAACUCUUGCAUUGAACUUCAUUCAAAAUUUGAAGAACACUAUUAUUGGACCGAUGAAAAUGGAGUCGAGUUUUUGAGAAAAAACUAUCCAUGGUUUGUUAAAACUUGGCAGUCGUAUAAAACUAAUGUGCAAAAAGCAGAUGCAUUACGAUAUUUUGUACUUCAUCAUUACGGUGGCAUAUUUCUUGAUAUGGAUUUAUACUGUCUACACAAAUUAGAUGGACUCUUUAACUAUCUAGAUAAUCGUGUUUCACCAGAAGAACAUAUUUUUCUUGCUGUAAAGGCAUUUCCCGUUGGAAUAUCGAAUGGUUUCAUGAUUACAACUCGUCGACAUCCACUCUUUCAACAUGUGAUUGAAAAUCUUGAACUCUACAAUCGAAAUUUCCUAUUACCACAUGCAACAAUCAUCAUUUCAACAGGACCUAUGUGCAUUUCGAUACAAAUUCAAUUACAUCGUUCAUUAUGGAAUUCAAUAUUAGUCUUAGAUGGGAAAGAAAAUAUGAUCGGUGGAAAAACCAACACGCCGCUUUUUAAACAUUUAGGAAGCGGAUCAUGGCAUCAAGCAGAUGAUAUGUUUUUUAAAAAUAUUCCUAUGAAUAUUCAACAUCAGAAUCAAACGUUCUCAAUUUCGAUUAUUGUUUUCAUUAGUUUUAUAUUCGUAUUCUUUAUUGGAAGAUAUAGAAACUUUAUCAAGGGAUCAUUCCAUCGGAUGUUUUGA